GACAAAAUAGUUCAGGAUCUCAACAAGGCCCGCGCUGGGGUCGUCAAAAUAUUCCAAAACGCUGGCAUCGUCGGCUUAGCUACCCACGUCAUAUUUCAAGGCAAAAUUAUAUGGACAGCAAACAUGGGUUACGAGAAUCUCCAAUUCAAAGUGCCCAUGGAUUCGAACACCAUUCUCCCCAUCGGCGCUUUGAGUCAAGGCUUCACAGCGGCUUGCGUGGCUCAGCAGGUAUACAGAGGAGAGUUAAGCUAUGAUACCAAAGUUUCAGCUAUUUUCCCCCAAGUUAAAAACAAGGAUGCAACGAUCGGUGAUCUUCUCGGCCAUCGCACAGGACUUCAAACACCUGAUAACCUGCUACAGGCGAAGUAUGCUUGUCGUUUCAGCAUGGAUUGGGGCCCAAUAGACAAAUUUGUACAGCUAUUCAAUGAUCUUCAGCCUCAGGCGAAUCUACGAUCUCAAUUCCUUCACAAUAGCAUAGGAUAUGCUCUGCUCGGAGGGGUCGUUAGAACGAAAAAUAACUAUUACUAUGUGAGACAACUGAAAGAGAAUAUUCUGGAACCUCUCCAAAUGGCUCAUACCAAAACGGUAUGGCUAGAAAAACAUCAGUCGGGACCAAGGUACAGUGCUGGGUCUAAUGGCUCGCAGUAUGCCCAUGAAGUAGUGAAUUGCCUUGACACGGAAGAUUUUCAGCUAUCAGCGGCUGUUGGAGGCAUGACCAGCACCACAAAUGAUUUGGCCAAGUACUGUAUCGCUCUGAAUAAAGCAUGGAAACGCCGUGGUCCUGCAGCAGAUGAUGAGGCUCGGAACCUCAGAGGCAAUGAGGUGUUUCCUGAUGUGGAUUUGCUGUUCAACCCGCUCCAACCCAUGGGAGACAUUGCAACCGAUGGAAAGGCAAAGAAAAACCAUGCCGCCGGCUGGGCGACUUGCACCCUACCUGCUGCCAUUGGCGAUAUUGGAAUCAACCCAGGACUGAUAGACAUGCCAAUUCUCGGAGGCGGCAGCGCUCCAGUCAGGAUGAUCUGGAAUCAGGGCAUGUACGACUGUGCCAACGCUUUUGUCGCCCUGCUGCCGGAAUACGAAGCCGCAGUCAUAGUGUUGGGCAAUACGACGACGGGGAGUGACACGGCAGACUGGAUUGGGCAGCAUUUGAUCCAGGCACUUCUGGACAGUCCCUGCAAGAAUGACUACCCCUUCCUCGCUUCAAUGAGCGCACUCAACGCGCGCCAGAAGUACUGGGAGCUCGUUGCUAAAUUAGAACAAGGCCGACAAACCAAAGGGCCUCAGAGGCCUCUUGACCAGUAUAAAGGUUUGUACCGAAACGCUUCGGACGAAGAUUUAGCAAAGGGGGGCAAAAAAAGAAGAAAGAGCCCUCUCAUGAUCUGUUUCACAGGGAGUAUUCUCCCAGAGCAUCCACUACAUUAUCAUCAUGGAGAUACCUUUACAUGGCUCCAGUCGUGGAAUAAAAUGCUCAAGGGUGAGUUUCGUGUCAGCUACCAUCCAGAGUAUUACUCUAUCCGGUUCCAGCCAAACAAAGACGGUAGCGGAAUAGACUCGUUCGUUUGGGUCAAUGAUCCAGCGAAGCCUGAAGGGGAAGUCUUUACUCGACAUCCUGCAUGGUGGGAACUAAUUUGA